CGGAAACUUCGAAAACUGUGGAUUUGUAAAUAGACGGUAACACCAGCAUAUACAUAUAUUCAUGUUGUUUACCAUCACUUUAUGGUAAUCAUGCCGGAGAUGCGAGACAUUUUGUCUCCCUUGACAACGCCUAAUAUUCACAGAACACCGGUGUUUUCUAAUAUACCUGGUAUAUCACCCUCCACUAGCCGUAGUCAUGUGGGUCUUAAAAGCCCCUCGGGCACCCUGCUGGCAAGUGAACAUGAUGAGGCUGCAGAAAAGAGAGAGAGACGGAGGUCAAGGGUCAUGCAGCUUCAACAGAGGACACUGGAAAGUCCUGUAUCUCCUGUAGACAAACGAAGAUCAUUGACCUUAAAUGGCCUGUCCAGCACACAAAUAGCUGAGCACUAUGCCAACUGCAUCAAACUAUCAGCAGAAAAUAAAAUCACAUCAAAGAAUGCUUUUGGACUCCACCUCAUCGACUACAUGUCAGAUCAGCUCAAGAAAAAGGAACUAGAAAACUUUCAGGUUGCCAGUACUACACUUGAUGCCAGUGCUAAGAUUUACGCCGGUAGAGUGGACGCCAUCCACACAGAGACAUACAAGGUUUUAUCUGGCCUCGGACGCAGCUCGGACAAAAACAAACACGGCGACGACCAAGAGGCGGAAGAUACCAAUGCAGAUCCCAAUGAACAAGGUACAGAAGAUGAAAACAAAAAGAAAAAGAAGAAGGCACGAAAGAAGAACACUGUGGAGGCAAACAUUAGAAAUAUUGACAUGAAGGAGAAAGACUUUGAAGCUAAGGCAGACGCGCUGUUCCAGAUAAUGUCGGCCACAUUUGACGAGGGUGGAAUCAGCAGCCUUCUCCUCAACAGUUUACGAUGUUUUGACGACCAGCAAGGCCUAGCCCUCGACUCUAGUACACUGAUAGGGCUGUGUCCAGAGUUGAGCGAGUGUUCUCAGCAUCAGGCCAAUGACCUGAGUGAAAUAAUAGACCUGUCCCGAGGCCACGAUAUUGGACCGUUAGAGAUGUGUCCGAACUUCUCCACCUUCAACUGGGACGAUGCUAAUGAGACAUCCAUCUUGCCUUCUGGUCCGUCUUCUCAGGCGUUUGAUAUUGAUGCUGAGCCUGAGCCAAUACCAGACAUGGACGAGGACCACAACGAUGACCUACCACCUGACAUGGGUGGCCUUGACAUGGAAGACAUCGGCAACGCAGAUUCUGACACAAGCCACUGUGAAGGAGAUGAGGCACCAGGCCAAGGCAUAUCUAUAGGAGACGGCAAGGCUGCACAGCUCAUGGACACUGUUAUGAAGGACCUCUCGAAAGGAUCGACAGGUACAUUGAUGCAGGUUUUAGCCGCCGAGCCGUCAGACUACUCCUUCUUCAACAAGACAUUACUGAGAACGUGGGCUGGACCAGAACACUGGAAAAAGGGACCUGUGAAUAGAGAUCUCUCAAAAGGCAAAGAUGGCACAGACAAGACUCAGAAGAAGGCAAAGAAGCCUGUUUUUAAGAUAGACUAUGACCAGGAAAUAGACUUUGAAUUACAAUUUGUGCCUUCAAAAUCAGUCACUCUGACCAAGGCAACGUUAACCAAGAACAGCAAAAACAAGAAAACCCUUCCUAAAUACCUUCACUACGAGACCGACAAACUCUUCAGACUGUUCGUGAAACCCAAACUCAUGAUUAAAAGACAAAACACAUCUUCAGACAGUAUGGAUGAUGUUAUUGAAAACUAUGACUACGAAAACGUGAAUGACCGAGAAAACUUCUGCCCUAGAGAUUUAGAAGGCAACCAUGAUGAUGAGGACGCUGACAGCCAGAUGGGAGAGUUUGACUUUACAGCCGGGGGCAGUGAGUUUAGCCAGUCACAGGAUUCCCAAGACUUCGGAUCCCAACCUGACCAGAUGGAUGGAACGAUGCUUAUUGGGGACAAACUUGUGGCCCAGCCUCAUAAGGUGACAAAAAUAGAUAUAUCCUACGCCAAAACAGCUAAGAAACUCGACGUGAAGAGACUGAAGUCGACCAUGUGGGAUAUCAUGAUACAGGAAACUGUCAAGCCUCCCGUAGAAGCUGAAGCUGCAGACAAACCUGAAGUGGAUGAGAACACAAAUUCCUCCACAGAUCUGGAAAUGAAGGGCACAUGUACUUUCCAGGAGCUACUCGAUAUCCUGCCUGACAAAGUGUCGAGUCAGACUGCCAAGAAUCUCAGUGUCCCCAUAGCCUUCGCCUGUCUCCUCCACCUCGCCAACGAAAAGUGCCUGAAGAUAAUUUCACUUGAUGAAGACCUUGGCAAUCUUGUUAUAUCUCAAGGAUUAUGAUUGUCCUAUCUUAGUGGGUUUUAACAUUGGAGCAUUGCUCUCGUGACCAGGAUUAGUUAUAUCUACUGACUGAGGUUAUUGUUUCUCCGCACUGAGAUUUGUCAGUUCGUCCGACUAAAUUUUGCUGUUUGACCAAUUAAUAAUACACUCCAUCAGCCUAUGAAGAAAACACUGGACAAUUGUGACAGGUUUAGAACGAUGUGGCAGCUAUAUAUAUUAACUACGGUUCAACUCCAACAGAAUUCAACAGACGAAAAGAAAGUUCUUGGAAAAUAUCUUCAUCAGUUAUGAUCAACUUGUUUUCAUAAAUUUCUAUUAUUCAUUGACAAAUUGACUCUCAUAUAUGUAUAUGUAAUUGUAAUAGAAUAAGCUCUUUCCUGUAUAACUUAACAAUGGCUAAUAUAUUUUUGUACAUGAAAAUUGGUUUUUGGAGAGUGUUAUUUAAUAUCAGGGAGACAAGUAAUGUUAUUACUGUUGUAGAGACAAAAAUCAUGAUUAAAAAGUUGUAAAAAAAUGUGAAUGAUAAUUUUGUUCAUAGCCAUAAAUAUGUAUAUAUAUUCAUUUUCACUAUUAACAUAGUGUACCAUUUUAUUCUGCAAAAACCCAUGCCUGAUAAUAAGCCCAUCCAUUUCUUAAGUAGUGAAGCCAACUCAAAAAUAUUUCAUUCUCAAUAAAUAAGCCCACCCCCUACUUUCAGUCAGAGAUAUGUGUCGAUCCCCUGGGCAUAUUGUAGUAUAAAUAUGGUAGUAUUAAACCUUCUAUUUCGAAGUUUAAGCCCAACUUUUGUAUUAGUUUAAGGUUCUCCACUAUUAAAAGAGAGAAAAUACCGACAAAGGGGGGAAAAGCUUUUCAUAAAGUCUUUAGAUUUGAAGCUUAAAAUUCAGUGUGUAGAAAAUGCAUUGCUUCCUGUCCCAUCUGCAGUUUUCUGAUUUUUAGAGGGUGAAUGAAAUAUUCAACAGACAUACUCUACAAGAUACUGCAUUUCUUUGCAUUUACUAAGUCAUCUAGUACUCUGACAUUUUCUACAAGAAAACAAAGAAAUUCCUAAUUCAAAUAUAUUUUGAAUAUAAAAUAUCCUAUAUUCUUAUUUACCAAUUUUUAAAAAUUAAAGUCAUUUUCAGGAUUUAUUAAUGAUUCUCUAAAAAUGCCUUGAUAAACAAAUAAUUUUAUUUUCCUUUUUCAAAUGAAAUUUGUGUAAGGUUUGCUUCUAUUUUCUUGUGAGGUGAUGUAAAAUCAGGUAAACAGAGCAAGUGAAAGUGUUUGAUAUUUUAUUCCUGUUGAUUGUCAUGUUAUGUUUAGUAUUUAUAUUAAUGAUAAAUUGGUCUAGUUGUUAUAGUUGUGAGAAUCGUGUUACGUCGCCUCAAACGUAAACUGUACACACAGGAUCUUGUUACGUGUUACUAACCAUGGUUAUAACCUAUUUGUUGCUAUAAACAGUACCCUUGCCUAUUGUAAUAGGUUACUUCAUUUCAUGUUGAGUUACUUAUAUGCAUUGUAAAUAUUCAUUAAACCUCAAGAACUUCUCUGUUGUUAAGUAUGAUGCUUCUUCUUUCUCUCUUCCCUCUGUCUUCUUCACCUGUCAAAUUCUACAUGUUCGUCUGAAUUUUUGAGGUUCUAGAUUAUGUUAACUGCAGUAGGUGGUUAAAUCCUUUUAUAUACUGUGAAAUCAACAAUUUUUGUGGGGUUUUUAAUUUCGUUGAUUUCUUGAGUAAUCUUCAUCCACAUUUUCAUAGGUCCAUAAAGUAAAUACAACUUUGAUGUAAAGCAAUUUUCUGUGUGAGUGGUAACUCGUAAUCCACGAAUUCAUGCAUACACGAAAUGGUGUUUUGUUGGGAAACCUUCAAACUUGGGCCCCCACAAAAACAUCUGAUUUCACAGUAAGCUCAAAUAGGUCAAUGUACACCACUGUUUUUUUGUAAAAACAUGCUUUCCCUAUACUAUUACAUGUGGGAAAAUUAAUCUGGGUUGCUCAAGCCUUCAACACAAUGUAUACUAUGUAUGUUCUGUAAUAUGUAGUGUGAUUUCAAUCCUCAAUCUUUCUCUUCUGUCACUCUUAAAUCUGUCUCAUGUGAGAAAACAAAUUAGUCGCUCACACCUUAAGCACUCAGAAGUGCUUACCCACUUAAGCUAUACCACAUGUAUAUCAAUAGUGUAACUCCUCUUACCAUAAACAACUUAUACAAAUUAAAUGUACUUUGUCAAAUAUAUUUUUAUGUUAAUCAAAUAAUCAACCAUACAUUUUGAUGUUGAUAUUGUAGGGUAUUCCCAUUGCAUUUAAUGUUUAGCUAACCUUUAUUAUCACUGGAAACUAUCAUUUAUAAACAUUAGUUUCAUGACAAAAAACUUAGAUUAAUAUUUUACAUGUAAACAAAUGACAUCUGGAUGCUUUUUCAAAGCAAAAUCUUUGCAAAUAGGUUGAUUAACCUGUGACCACUGUUACUAACCUGUGACUCAUUAGAUUGAUAUUUGACUUUUCAGACUAAUGUGAACCCCACUGACCUUUGAACUUGAAGAUUGACCCCACCAACUGACAUAUGACUUCUCAGACUAAUCUUUUAGACUGACCUGUGACCUUUCUGACUGUCCUGUGAAUUUUAAGACAGAUAUGCUGACACAUAGCCUUUCAGACAGACAUGUGACCCCUCUGACUGACUUGUGACCUUUCAGACAGAUAUGUGACCCCUCUAACUGACAUGUUACCUUUCUGACAGACAUUUGACCCAAGACCACAGAGUUCCAGUGUGUAACUACAAACAAUAAACAGAAGAUGUCAGAAAAAGAAUUCAAUAUUAAUCAAAUAAAAUAAAAUAAAACAAAGUCCAUAUUUGCAUGAUUGAACAACUCCAAUUAUAACAAAAUGGCAUCCAAAAUGGAAAGCUGGUGUUGCAAAGCAUUGUGACAUCAUUUCUUGCAAGGGUAAUUAGUUAUUUGAUGUAGGGUACUAGACGUUAUGAGACCUGUUGCAGUUAAGGAGGAAUACAUCAUAGAUGUCAUGGUAUUCCUGACCAUUAUAUAAACUGUGUAGGGUCCCUGUGGAGAGAGGAAACAUGUCUCCUGAACUCACUAACACAUACUCAGAAGUAGUGCUACAAUACUGUAUUAUAUAGGUUAUACAAACCAUGGUGUCACUGAAGUGGUAUCAACAUUUCCAGUAAAUAGUUAUUGCAUUUUGAUGGGAGAAACAUAGACUUUGUUAGAUCUUUUAUUCAAAAUGAAAUUUUUCGGAAGGUCUACACUGUAUAGGGUAAUGCAUCAGAAAUAUGAGGUUGACCUCAAGUAUCUAGUAUUCAUAUUAAUUAUCUAGUGUCCAUGCAGAUUGUCUUGUCCCCAUACAGACUGUCUAGUCCCCAUACAGACUGUCUAGUGUCCAUACAGAUUGCGUCCGUACAGAUUGUCUUUUGUCACGUAUAGAUUGUCUUGUGUCCAUACAGAUUGUCUUGUGUCCAUACUGAUUGUCUUGUGUCACGUACAGAUUGUCUUGUGUCCGUACAGAUUGUCUUGUGUCCAUACAGAUUGGCCUGCAUCCGUACAGAUUGUCUUGUGUCACGUACAGAUUGUCUUGUGUCCAUACAGAUUGUCUAGUGUCCAUACAGAUUGUCUUGUGUCCAUACAGAUUGUCUUGCGUCCGUCCAGAUUGUCUUGUGUCACGUACAGAUUGUCUUGUGUCCAUACUGAUUGUCUUGUGUCCGUACAAAUUGUCUUGUGGCCGUACAGAUUGUCUUGUGUCCAUACAGAUUGUCUUAGAUUGUCUUGUGUCGGUACAGAUUGUCUUGUGUCCAUAUACAUGCUCUUGUGUUUAUGAACAGACUAUUCACCUGUGUAUAAACUCUGUGGAUAAAUAAUGGUAACAAUAAAACGAAGGUACUGCU